GUUACACCUUUCCGAGGGAAUCCUCGGUUCAAAAAGCUCCCAACGUCUCCUCGUGAGAACUUCGGACUGUGUGUGCUUUCAUUGUGACUCGAGAAACGGCCGAAGACGACCGAGGUAUGCUCUUUUAGCAGGACGAGGGUUUAUUUCUGUUGAUAGAAGUAAAAAAAAGUUUCUGCUGUGCUGAGUAGAAAGUUAUAGAUAGUGCGGAUAAUUUUAAAAAAGACGUUAACACAGCCUACGUGCCGUGCAGGUGGGUACAGACGUUGUUGUUGUUGAUCGGGACACCUAUCCCUAUCCAGACCUCGUCUCACCUGAGCUCGACAGGACACUCAGAAAUGUCCCUGGAAAGCUAUUCAGCGUUGGAUGAGCCCUCUCUCCGGGCUUUGCUGGAUGGAACUGUGGAUCUGGACGAGAGGCGCCGCAUCCGUUCAGCCAUCCGGGAGCUGAGGAGGAGGGAGAUUGAGGACAUGGAGGCAGCUCUGGCUAGCAAGAGAUUUCGACCCACGCGCCUCAAUCAGCAGGAAGACAAGGAGAACCAGCACAGGUCAGAAUCCAACGAGAACUUGGAUGGACUGAAACAGAAACUGCAAUCAAUCCAGGACAUCGACGAGCUUCAGCAAAUGCUCAAUGCAGCCAGCGAGUUCAAGGAGAGGAGAAUGAUCCGAGCUGCCAUUCGGCAAAUUCAAGAGGAACAGCGGCAGGUGGGCGUGGAGAGGGGGAAGACUUCUGGCUUGGAGCCUGAGGGUGUGCAGUCCCAGAGCAGCAUGGGAACUGGGGAGACCGAGAAGGAGAGCCGCAGUGAGCGUAUCCGAUCUCCAAUCUGGGAGUUAAGCAGCCAGCAGACACAACAAAACAGAGAGCAACAGAGAAUAGGUUCCAACUCAGGGAUGGUGUUGGUUCUGGAUCACCUGGCAAAGGAUGACGGACCUCUGUUGAUCCAGCCUCAGCGAGAAGCUGUGACCAAGGAGGCCGACCUGGUUAUGUCUCACUGUCAGAGGUCAGACUCCUCCGAUCUUAGCGCAGCCUCGAUGCUUUCCAAGCCCAAUCUGGAUUCUGUGGCCUCAGAGAAAGGUCUGGGCUCAGCUUACAGAGCCCGGCUGGACUCCGGAGCCUCAGACAAGAGCCAGAGUUCCUCCCAGCGUGGUCGGCUGGACUCCGGGGCAUCAGACAGAAGCAUCAACUCCCAGUCCUGUGCCAGACAGAGACUGGGCUCAGAUGUCUCGGAUUCAUGCGUCAGACCCCGUCUGGGCUCCGAGACUUCAGACAGCAUCGGCCUGUUGUCAAGGAAGCGGACGGUCUCUGGCACAUCUGAUCAGAGUGCAAGCAUGUCCUCAGAGGAGCAGGCGCCAUCGGAGGAGGCGGAGGUAGCCAGGAGUGAAUCGACUUGCAGCACAGAUUCAGAAACUGACAGCAGAAGCCGAAGUUCAGCCGGUACCCAAGCUGAGUCUAACCAGGAGGAGCCUGAUGGGGCGGUUUUAUCUCGGAGAGAUCCCGUGAAUGGCCUGCUCAGCGGGAAAACUGACAUCCAGAGGCAAAAGAUAACUGUGGGCAGCGACCUGUCCCGCUCUUAUGGCAAAGCGAGGGAUUCUGCAUCCGAGAAGAAAGCUGUUAUAUCGGGGCAGUUAAGUCGCACCACCUCUGUUCGUGAUCGAAUGCGCAAGUUUGCAGAACUUGAACAGAGUUCAAAUGUCUCAUCUUUAAAGAAAACUCCUUUGAGGAAUGGUUCCUUCUCCAGCAGCACUGGCCAUGCAAAUGUCUCCAGAGCUACCGAGCUGUUUACACACUCAGCAGCAUCCCUCAGCACAUCUGGAGACAGGCCAGCACGGUCACGUGUGGGCUCCGCAUCUGCAUCCGUGAGUCAGGCCGCGCCUCAGCCAAGAGGCGUGGCUAACAAGUCUCUGUCUUCAGCUGACCAAUCGCAGAGCUCCAUGGGUGGGAUGGGACAUCCAGCUCAAAAAGAUGCGCACGCCUCCGAUAAGUCAAAGGAAGACGAGACCCCAGGGAUAGCAGCUGGAGAAAAGGUCACCCAGGGAGAGGCAGACCCAGACAUGAAGACCUUCCUCACCAUUGAGAUCAAGGAUGGGCGCACCACCACUUCCUCCUCAUCAACCACCAGUAGAGGCAACAUUAUACCCAUCACCCACAUGACCCCACGCAUCACUCCUAAUGCCCUGGUGGGGCAAAGGCAAGAGUUGACCCUCGGCCUAAGAGCCACACCAUUUAAGAUCUCUUCCUCCAGCUUCUCCUCUGGACCCUCCAUCAAGAUGGAAACGGGGCCCGUCAUCGCUUCUGAGCCGGUGUUUUCAGCUGUAUCGUCUGUCCAGCGUCACGUCCCAGUCAUUCCCAAUGGCUCUGGCGCUCAGGCCAAACCUGCUGAAUGCUCCGGGAAACUGACGGCUGAAAAGCUGGCUGCGAUCGAGGAUGAAGAGCUCCUCGACAAAAUGCUCGAUGAGUCAAAAGACUUUGAGGAGAGGAAGAUGAUCCGCGCAGCCAUGAGAGACCUCCGUAAAAGAAAGAGAGAGGCCAUGCUGGGAUGUACUCAAGAGGAAAUGGACCAGAGAGAAAAGGAGCGCGAAACCCGCCUGCAGGAGCUCCGGCAGCAGAGAGAUGACCGGGUGCAGAAAGGUCGUGCCGGGGUUGGAGCAGGAGAGGUGGUCACGAGCAAGGUGGAGAAGUCGGCAGAUGGGUCAGCCGUCGGUCAAAUCACCAAAACGAACCGCUUUGCUCAGUCUGAUGAUGGGAGCAAAUCAACACGCAGUACUAUUGUCGAGUCCAGUUAUGUGCAGAAAACAGACAGAGGGACAGUCCAGUCAAAAUCAUUCAGCUACACCUCUUCCACCUCCACUAACACGAGCAAAAAGAUAGGAAGUGUGUUCGACCGCGAGGACGACGCGUCGUCGCGAAGCGGCGGCGGCGGGUUGGCCGCCAUCGAGCGAAGGCAGGCGGAGAGGCGCAAGGAGCUGAUGAGGGCUCAGACGCUGCCGAAGACAUCGGCCAUGCAGGCCCGCAAAGCCAUGAUAGAGAAGCUGGAGAAGGAGGGAGGCGGCCCUGGAAAUCAGGCGGUGGCCAAGGUAAACAAAGUCCAGCGCUCCACCAGCUUUGGCGUACCCAAUGCAAACUCCAUCAAGCAGAUGCUCCUCGACUGGUGCCGUGCCAAGACCCGCUCAUAUGAGCAUGUGGAUAUUCAGAAUUUUUCAUCCAGCUGGAGUAACGGCAUGGCGUUCUGUGCCCUGGUGCACAAUUUCUUCCCCGAAGCCUUUGACUACAACUCCCUGAGCCCGAGCAACCGCAGGCAAAACUUUGAGGUGGCCUUUAGCGCUGCAGAGACCCACGCCAACUGCAUGCCUUUGCUAGAGGUGGAAGACAUGAUGAUCAUGGGUAACAAACCAGACUCCAAAUGCGUCUUCACCUACGUGCAGUCUCUGGUCAACCACCUGCGCAGAUACGAGAUGUCCAUGGGUCGGCCCUGUGACCUCUGACCUGUUUUCGGGCUGGGAUCCGGCUUCACCAGCCCCCGACCCCCCCUCCCUUAACCUUCACCUGAUGAUGGCCUCCACUCUGACAGGCUGGGUCGAACAGUUGCACAUCUCUGAUGGUCGGCUUGGGGAUUGUACGCGUAUGUGUGCGUGUAAGCGUGUGUGCGUGUGUUUGUAUCAGUUAAAAUCAGCUUAAAAUAUCUUCCGACAGUGAUGAUGUGUGUUGCUUAUUCUGGACACACACACACACACUGUCGACACAAAAGUCUACCGUUCUCCAGUAAGAGAUCAGCAGCAGCUUCUUAAAAAGACCCCUUUGUUUUAAAAACUCCAAGUAAUAUUCAACAGGCAGUAGUUUGAUCACAUUGCUGUUGUACUGAGAAACGCCUCAAGAGGGAAAAAAGAAAAAUCGUUUUCUAGUAUUUUCAGUUUUUAAAGUAUUUGUACGUGCGUUUUUCUCUGCUACACUUUUCUAAGUACUGUAAUGUGUUUGCACUUCUCUCAGUAAUCCCACUGAAAAAGAAAAAAUGUAUCUAACCAAACGAUCCAUUAUUUCUUUUCAAUUUUGGUACUUUUACUUUUUUUUUAAAAACCAAACUCAUGUUGCUUGAAGAGUUUUAAUUAAGUUAUUUUCAUUUUGAUGUAAUUGAUGAGUAUAAUGAUUCUUAUUACAUGAGCACAGGGAUUUUCUGCCUUUGUUAUUCAAAUGGAUUCAACAUCGUUGCUGUAAUCUCACUUUUCUGAAGUCCAAACAGCUACUGAGGACAUUUACUGGACAUUUGAUCCAUCCUGUAUGACCGCACCAACACCACCACCAUCAUCAUCAUCACCAUCAUAUAACUAUGGAUUAAAGAUGCAAGCUGUUAAACUGAGGUUUGGAUUUUUUUUGUAUUUCAGUACAAAGAAGUCAUUCAGCUGAUUUGUAUCAUUACUGUCUGUUUGGUGGACAGCAUACGUGCAGAAGACCACACGCCCCCCCCACCUCCACCUCCCACCACCGCUGCAUUGCCCUGCCACACACAUUCUCACACAGCUCUGUUAGAGGGCUCCUUAUUUAUGCUUGAGUAGUUUUUAAAACGUUUAACGCUGGUGUGUACAUCAUGCUUUUAAAAGGUUUUGUCGAUAAGCUUAAGAUGCCACAAUGUUAUAUUAUCUUGUUUGAAAGCCGGCUUUCAGUACAAACAUGAGGAUUCAUGACUGAUAACCAGCCAACUGUAUAUUUAACUAAAUGAAGCUAAGAGGAAAAGGGACAAAAAAAUAAGUUUAAAUGAAUAUUUUAUUUCACUUGUAAAAAAAUUUGGGUUUCUACUAGAAGAAAAUUUGGUUUCAGAGUUGAUUUAAAAGAAGCUUAUGUCUUAGAUUUGAGAGAUUAUUUGAGAAAAAUCUGCUGCUGACAGAAAAAAAGCUUUCAUGAAGCAGUGGAGUAUUGUAUGCGUGUGUGUGUGUCUGUAUAUAUAUAUGAGAGCUAAAACACAUUUCAUUUUUCUGUGCACCACAGUUAAAUGUGAAAUAAACCAAUUUGAGAAACAAACGUGUGUUUGUGUGGGAUUAUUGCUUUGAAGACUAUCCAUGGUCCCGGCAGCGUGGGAUAUCUCCACACGAACACUCAGCACAACAAGAGCCAGAGCACACUUCUUUUUAAAAAUGGUUUACUUUCCAUGCACUUGAGUCUUUUUGUGCGCAUCAGCCUAACCCACCAGAACACGCCGCAUCAACCUCAGGCCAGUCAGACGAUUUUCAGCCUGAGGCUUCAUUUAGUUUCACAGUAGGUCAGAGGCCAUCACAGACACACAAAAGAGCUCAAAUGAGGCGAAGAUCAUUACGACAGAUGACAACACAAUGGACAGUGACAUUAAAAAAAAGUGCAAAUUCAGACUGUGGAGCUUCUACAAAGGCCUUCUGCUGACGGGCUCAUCUGUAAUCUGCUAGGCUCUAAAAUUACAAACAUUUCUGUCACCUGUGAUAAUCAGCUGGUCGUGGAGCAGUUAAGGGAGCUAGA